AUGAAUGUUAAAUCUGUCCUAUUGUUCCUCUUGAUAUAUGACGAUAAACAAAUGUUUAGUUCAUCAAGAUUAUCUCAUACAUCAAUGGAUAUAAUAACAACAAAACAUAUUCUUCAUGAAAAAUGUCAAACAAUAGAACAAUUAAAAAAUAUUAUUGAUGAUUUAAAUAUACGACAUGAAAAAAAAGAACAUGAAUUAAUUAAACAAAUUGGAAUAUUAUAUAAUGAUUUACAACAACAUAAAAAAAAGAUGGCACAUCUUAUAUUUAAAUAUCAACAACAGAAAACGUUUAAUGAAAAUAUGAAAGCUUUAAAAGAUUUUUCAAGUCAAACAGAUGAAAAUAAUUCAUCAUUAAUAUGUUCAAAUUGUUCACCACAUUAUAAUGAAACAAAAUCCUAUUUACCACAAAUACAAAAUUCAGAAAAAAAUCCAAAAUAUUAUACGCUUAAAAAAGAUAAUCAUAUUGAAUAUAUAUCUGCUAUACCUCAACCUCAAUCUCAUCAUUCAUUAUCAUCGCCUUCUCUUUCGACAACCGAUCAAUCAUCAAUAAAACAUAAUGAAAGUAGUUCAAGUGCAUAUAAUACAGCUGAAAGUUUACCAAGUAGUACAUAUUCUGAUGAAAAUGAAUCUCUAGAACGUGUUUUAAAUGCUGCUUGUACAAUGUAUACAACACAUGAUAAUCUUGAACAUACAAUUAAAUUACAAGAAGAAUUAUUUCGACAACGUUUACGUUUACGCGGAAUUAAUCUUAAUGAUAAUGAUGAUGAUAAUACAUCAAGUGAACAUUUUUAUGAUAAUAUUGAUAGUGAUACAAGUGAUAUUGAAAAACAAACAGCAAUAUAUCGAAAUCGAAUAUUACCGUGGCAUGAUAAAAAACAACAACAACAACAACAACAACGAACUGUUACAUUUAAAUUAAAUAAUAAUGAACAACAAAAAAAUAAAAUCAUACAACGUAAAGUAAAAUUUUAUGAUCAAUAUUAUCCAUUAACUAAACGUAAAAAUUUUAAAUCAUUAUCAAAAACAAAUCUUUCAAAAUUAACAAAUAAUAAAAAAUAUAAUUAUCAAUAUGCAACGAAAUCAAAUAAAAAAAUUCUAUCGUCAAAUAUGUUAACUGUAGCUAUAACAUAA